CAUCCCACCAGCGGGAGGCGCUGCUUGCUGUUGUCCUCCUCUCCAUGGCGACGAUCGCAUCCAGUCGUCAGAGUUGACUGAGCUGAUCAUGGACUCGAUAUUUCACGAAAAACAAGAAGGCUCUCUGUGCGCUCAACACUGCCUCAACAACCUGCUGCAGGGCGAGUACUUCACGCCAGUCGACCUGUCGUCCAUCGCUCACCAGCUAGAUGAAGAGGAGAGGAUGAGGAUGGCGGAGGGGGGCAUGGGCAGUGAAGAGUAUAGAACCUUCCUACAGCAACCGUCUGGAAACAUGGACGACAGCGGAUUCUUCUCCAUCCAAGUCAUCAGCAACGCCCUCAGAGUUUGGGGUCUAGAGCUGCUUUUGUUCAACAGCCGGGAGUACCAGAGUCUCAGCAUAAACCCCAUAAACGAGAAGGCUUUCAUCUGCAACUACAAGGAGCACUGGUUCACCAUUCGCAAGCUGGGACAGCAGUGGUUCAAUCUGAACUCUCUCCUGACCGGACCUGAGCUCAUUUCCGACACAUACUUAGCACUUUUCCUCGCUCAGCUGCAGCAGGAAGGUUACUCCAUAUUUGUGAUCCUGGGGAACCUCCCAGAGUGUGAGGCGGAGCAGAUCCUCAACAUCAUGAGGGUGCAGCAGCAGCAGAGACCCAAACUCAUCGGGGAGGACGAGGCCCAGACCAGCUCCGGGAUCCGGUCAGUGCCCCCAGUCCAGUCUGAGGUCGGCUUCGGUGGUGAUGGUGAAGUAGCGGACGAGGACGAGGAGCUGAAGAGAGCUCUGGCCCUCAGCAGGCAGGACAUCGACGUGGAGGAUGAGGAGGCCGAUCUUCGCAGGGCCAUCCAGCUCAGCAUGCAAGGCGCGGUGAUGAGUAACGUGUCGUCAGAGGCCGAGGCUCUGAGGUCCAGCCAGCAGCCACUGACCUCAGGUCAGAAGGAAUCUCUGAGUGCAGAGGAGCUGAGGCGGAGGAGGCAGGCUUACUUUGACCGGCAACAGCAACACGCUCAGCAGAACAUUCCACUACCAGCCAGCGCAGCGCCAUCUGGAGGCUCGGAGAGCAGCGGCGCCACUAAGGAGCCUGAGGAGAAAUGAAGUGGACGUCGCUGAAUAUUCGUGGACCAGCUGCUCGAAAGGAAUCGCCCAUGAGGAGCUUGACUCUUCCUGCUUCUUUGCACACGAGAACUAACGCACGGACAGAACGCUGACCCCGGUCACCACCUCUGACCACAGACGGGGGCCAGCAGUGAGUUCGACUCAGCAAGGCAGAAGAAGAAGAAGAUGCAGUUUAAUCCAAGUUUGCAAUUUGCCUUGUUACCGUGGCGCCUUCUAUUGUUUGUUUGUUUUUUUACUUUUUCUGUGAGAGCGUUCAGGGCAUCAGAACGGUUUUUGAUGGCGCAGGAAGCCAAUACUCACCAAUUUAGACUUCUGAUUUCCGACGUAGUGUUUUCCUGUUCCGUCGUAGGGACACGGCAGUGGGCAACAAUCACCAAAGUCCUUCGUGUGACUCGGGCCAUCCUCAGUCCCGGCUGUGUUAAUCCUGUAUUUCCCAUGUUAGAUGUAUUUAAAUAUUCUCCGACAGCACUUCUCCUCCUGUAGUCGUCAACUAGCAAGCGACACUUCACAUGGAGCUCGUCUUGUUCUGGUCUGGAAACAACACACGGACAUUUUAAUUCAUUUGUUUUGUGAAGCUGCAAACUUUAAACUGCUGCAACAUGAGAUGGUUUCUUUUUUUAUUCCUGUCAAUGUUUCCCACUAACAAACCAUUUCCUGGUGUGUGGGUCCGUCGUGCUUGGAGGAAAGUGUUUCUUAAGUAAAGCUUUGUUCACUCUUCCAGACUCUUCUUGCUUGCACUAAAGAUCACCAGCUGUCACAUGAUCCACCAACAAUAGCAUUGUUUUAUUCUGUUCUUUUAUUCACAGUGUUUUUGUAAUGAACUUGUUAAGCAAUAUAAAAAUAAAAUAACAUUCUUGUCAUAUAUAUGUUGCAAAAACAACGUUCUUGUAAUGUAUGUUGUUACAUUCAUUCAUAUAACAAUUUUAUUUACUUUUAUCCGCUUUUAUUUUCCUCACAAAACCAGCAGUUCCGUUUUGGAGUUGAAGCUGCUCAAGCAAAUUAACCUGGUGUGGUUCACAUAUUCACCACUAGGACCCGUGCUGUUUCCAAGAGACGUAAGUUAUAAACGUACAUGACAUUUCGCUUGACUAGUCCAGAUUUAACUCCCAUCUCCACAUGGUCAUAAGGGAAAUGGAGCUGGUCUCAGCUACUUG